AUGAUCGAAACUUUUGAAGCAGUUUGGUACAAGGAUAUGCGACAAGCUUUACUCGAUGCUGAAGAUAGCAAUGUGAUUUUUGUUGACUGGUCGAAAACAAAUCAUUUUCCGUACACACAAGCAACAGCCAACACUCAAAUUGUAGGAGCUGAAGUGUCUUUAUUGAUCAACGAAUUGAUUUCUGAUCAUGAAGCAGAUCCAUCUCUGAUUCAUAUUAUCGGACAUAGUCUGGGAGCACAUGCAGCAGGUUAUGCUGGAUCAAAAAUCUCUCCUCAACUGAGUCGUAUCACGGGACUCGAUCCUGCGGGACCCUACUUUGAAUCAACUGAUCCUCGAGUACGUCUCGAUCCAAGUGACGCUCGCUUCGUUGAUAUCAUUCAUACCGAUGGACAAGCUCAUGUUCAACUUGGUCUUGGUCUCUUGCAGCCAUUGGGUCAUGUUGAUUUCUAUCCCAAUGGAGGGCUCGAACAACCUCGAUGUCCUCAAAUGACAGGGAAAAUUUUCAACACUAUUCUAAAUGCCUUUAACAAUGAAGGUAGGAAUUUUUUCUCAUUGAACAAAACUUUUUGUUGA